UAUUUCAAUCAGAAGCCAGAGAAGUUGGCUAUGCUGAUAACAAAGUAUCAGAAUCGCAGUGGAUUCUGUCAUCGGGAUCUGUUUCGUCUAUGUCAUAUCCGUCCAUUGAUGUCGUUCCCGAAAGAACAUGCAUAUUGGCAGCAUCACAAAGAAUACGAUUUCAUACUCGCCUAUGUUGUUGGAGGUAUGUUGUGA